UCCCCUCUCCUUCCCUGAAGCAUUCUCAGUAGCCCUUCGCGUUCUUCUUCUUCCUUAUGCAAGCUACACUCGGGCUUCUCAUUCACCCUCUUUUUCUACCUGCUGCUCUUUUAAGGGUCUUGAAGGAGACAAGUUUCAGCUAGAGAUUUUGUAUGCAGUCACCGAUUUGGGAGUCUCCGACUUGUAGGGUAUCGUUAUCAGAAUGGCCUGCCAAGUUUCGAUGAUGAAUUUUUGAAGCAAGGUUAAAAGAGAAAUUCAGUGCAUUGAUUAUUUUGCAGAGAUUUUAUUUAAAGCUCAAAAGUGCAAGAAUGAUGGCACUUUUUGCGAGCCGAGGAUUAAUGUUUCAGUCUGCCUCAAGAUGCUUUCGUGUGAUUGCCUCUUACAGGAGCUUGCCAUUUUCAAGUAAUGGACCUUGCAAUCAGGAUGGUGGAUCAGCUUCUUUUGGAAAUGGGGUUAACCAAGAAUAUUUGGGAAAAUCAGAGGGUAUAUGGCAAGAAGCGGACAGGGUGUGCCAGAUCCUGGAGAGUGGAUCUUGGGGGCCUUCAGUUGAAAAUGCUUUAUCUAUGUAUGAUGAAAAACGUCAUUCAGAACUAGUUAUUGGAGUCUUAAGGAGGCUGAAAGAUGUUCAACAAGCGCUAAACUAUUUUCGGUGGGUUGAGAAGAAAACUGACGAAGCGCAUUGUCCGGAGGCAUACAAUAUGCUUCUCAUGGUAAUCGUGAAGAGUAAGAGGUUUGAUCAUGUGGAACAAAUUUUGGAAGAGAUGGGUCUUGCUGGGUAUGGCCCAUCCAACAGUACCUGUAUUCAGCUAAUAGAUAGCUAUGUCAAGACUCGAAAAUUAAGGGGAGCAUUUGAUUGUAUUCAGACAAUGAGGAAGUUAAAGUUUCGCCCUGCAUUUUCAGCUUACACUACCCUAAUUGGUGCCCUAUGUACUGUUAAUGAACCUGAUCUUACGCGGGCACUCUUUCUUCAGAUGCAAGAAUUAGGUUAUGAAGUGAGCAUUCAUUUAUUUACGACUCUUAUACGAGUAUUUGCCAGGGAAGGUCGAGUUGAUGCUGCUCUCUCGCUUUUGGAGGAGAUGAAAAGCAACUCAUUGGAUGCAGACAUUGUUCUCUAUAAUGUGUGUAUAAACUGCUUUGGCAAGGUGGGUAAGAUGGAUAUGGCUUGGAAGUUUUUUCAUGAGAUGCAAGCUAAUGGAUUCGUACCUGAUGAAGUUACAUAUACGAGUAUGAUUGGUGUUCUCUGCAAGGGUAACAGACUGGAUGAAGCUGUGCUCCUGUUUGAACAGAUGGAGCAGAAUAGGGCAGUCCCAUGCGCAUAUGCUUAUAGCACUAUGAUCAUGGGAUAUGGAUCUGCUGGAAAGUUUGAUGAAGCAUAUAGGUUACUUGAAAGGCAAAGGUUAAAGGGAUCCAUACCAAGUGUAAUUUCAUACAAUUCUCUUCUAACCUGCCUUGGGAAGAAGGGAAAAGUUGAUGACGCAUUAAGGAUCUUUGAGGAGAUGAAAAAAGAUGCAGCACCUAAUCUCACAACUUAUAAUAUCAUCAUUGACAUGCUUUGCAGGGAAGGACAGUACAGGGCUGCUUUAGACGUUCGAGAUGCCAUGAAAUUUUCAGGCCUGUUUCCCAAUGUAUUGACUGUAAAUAUAAUGAUUGACCGUUUGUGUAAGGCUCAGAAACUUGAUGAAGCUUGUUUUAUUUUUGAAGAAAUGGACCACAAACUUUGUAUGCCAGAUACAAGGACAUUUUGCUCUCUUAUAGAUGGCUUGGGUAGGCAUGGCAGGGUAGAUGAUGCAUACAGGUUAUAUGAGCAGAUGUUAGAUUCUGAUCGGGCUCCUGAUGCUGUUGUUUAUACAUCCUUGAUUAAGAACUUUUUCAGGUCUGGAAGGAAGGAAGAUGGGCACAAGAUUUACAAAGAAAUGGUUUCUAGAGGUGUUGCCCCUGAUCUUUUGCUCCUUAACACCUAUAUGGAUUGUGUAUUCAAAGCUGGUGAGACAGAGAAAGGCAGAGCUUUGUUUCAGGAAAUUAAGAAUCUGGGUUUUACUCCAGAUGUGCGGAGUUAUUCUAUUCUGAUUCAUGGUCUUAUAAAAGCAGGCUUUGCAUGCGAAACAUACGAGUUAUUUUAUACAAUGAAGGAAAGAGGGUGUAUUCUUGACACCCUUGCUUAUAACACGGUAAUUGAUGGAUUCUGUAAAUCAGGAAAGGUCAAUAAAGCUUAUCAACUGCUGGAGGAAAUGAAGGUGAAGGGUCAUGAACCUACUGUUGUCACUUAUGGUAGUGUUAUUGAUGGGCUUGCAAAGAUUGACAGGCUUGAUGAAGCUUACAUGCUUUUUGAAGAAGCAAAAUCCACAGGUGUGGAGUUAAAUGUGGUGGUUUACAGUAGCCUUGUAGAUGGGUUCGGGAAGGUGGGUAGAAUUGAUGAAGCAUAUCUGAUAAUGGAAGAAUUGAUGCAAAAAGGAUUGACGCCGAACACUUAUACUUGGAACUGCUUGAUUGAUGCUCUCGUGAAGGCUGAAGAAGUAGAUGAAGCUCUUGUCUGCUUUAAUUCGAUGAAAAACUUGAAUUGCAGUCCAGACUCAAUAACUUACAGCAUUCUCAUAAAUGGGCUUUGUAGGGUGCAAAAGUUCAAUAAAGCCUUUGUUUUUUGGCAGGAAAUGCAGAAGCAAGGUCUAAAACCCAAACUGAUUACUUAUACCACUAUGAUAUCUGGGCUUGCAAAGGCCGGAAAUAUACUAGAAGCUGAUAAACUCUUUGAAAGGUUCAAGGCAAAUGGAGGUGUACCUGAUUCAGCCUGUUAUAAUAUUAUGAUAGAAGGGUUAAGCAUUUCAAAUAGGGCAUUGGAAGCUUACCAACUAUUUGAAGAGACUAGGUUAAGAGGUUGCAACAUAUACACAAAAACAUGUAUUGUUCUUAUGGACUCUCUGCAUAAGGCUGAAUGUCUUGAGCAGGCAGCAAUCGUGGGUGCUAUUCUGCGGGAAACAGCAAAGGCACAGCAUGCAUCUAGAUCAUUGUAACAAUGGAUUGGUUGCUGUUAUUAGCGACUGAUCACAAUCUGAUGUGUAGUUUUUAUGUGUUUAUUUCUUUGAAUAGGUGGGCUAUCUGGACGCAUUAUUUGUAUAGUUUAGGGCAUAGCAAUAUAGGUCUAAAUUGGGGAUAGAAUCACACAGUUAACUACAUAAACUGGUUGAUAAGAGGAUAAGUGGCACUUCACCCAAUAAACAGUUUAUCUAUUUUCUUA